CCGUCGACCGUUGGCGAUGUGGCGGGUGUUUGCGGGUGUGUUUGUUUUUCGAGUGCGGUGACAGACGCGAGGUCAGCGAGGCCGAUACCCCGAAUUAGGAUACUUGUUGGAAAGAUAAUUCGAGAUGUCGGACAGUAUUAAAGUGGCCAUCAAAGUCAGACCGCUCAUUAAGAGGGAGAAAGAUGAUAAUUUAUCGUUGCAAUGGACGACUCAGGGAAACACCAUUGUGGCCUCGGAUACAGAGCUCAAGAAGCGAGCUGACGGUGGAUUUGAGUUUGAUCAUAUUUUUGACAUGAAUGCCACUAACAAUGAUGUAUUCAACGAUGUUGUAAGGCCUAUUGUCGAUGCUGCUGUGAACGGCUUUAACGGCACAAUAUUCGCUUAUGGACAAACAAGUUCUGGCAAAACCUAUACUAUGAUGGGUACCUCAGAAGAGCCUGGCAUAAUACCUUUGGCUGUUGAACAUAUAUUUGACGCAAUAGCCAACAUACCAGGACGCGAGUUUUUAUUAAGGGUAUCGUACUUAGAAAUUUAUAAUGAAAAAGUCAAUGAUCUUUUAAAUGAAGAUUCAGAUCUAAAAAUACAUGAGGAUGUCAAUGGUCAAGUGUUUGUGAAGUGUAAGGAAGAACUUACAAACUGCCCUGAGGAAGUUUUAUCGAUAAUGAAGAAAGGUAAUAAAAGAAGAAGGAUAGGUGAAACCAACAUGAAUGACCGAAGCAGCAGAAGCCAUACAAUAUUUAGAAUUACGAUCGAAAGUCGAGAGGUUGGCUCUAACCUGGAUGAAACAGUAGUAAAAGUUGGACAAUUGAAUAUGGUAGAUCUUGCUGGUUCGGAAAGAGCACGUCAGACAGGUGCUACUGGUGAACGUUUUAAAGAAGGUCGUCAUAUUAACUUAUCACUUUCUACAUUGGCCUUAGUAAUAAGGCAAUUGAGUGAAUCACAAGAUGCUCCGAAAUUUAUAAAUUUCCGAGAUAGCAAGUUAACAAGAUUACUUCAAGCUUCUUUGGGCGGCAAUGCAAUGACGGUGAUGAUAUGUGCAGUGACACCGGCCGCGUUAGAUGAAACUCAAUGCACAUUGUUAUUUGCAUCCAGAGCCAGGAAUGUAAAAAAUAAACCUGAACUAAAUGAAGUUAUGUCCGAUGGUGUACUUCUAAAACGUUAUGCGAAACAAAUAGAUAAGUUAAAUGCAGAAUUAGAGAGAAUGAAACAGCUAACUGGAACGACUGAUUUUCAAGAGAUGGAAUCUAAAAUGCAAGAGAAAGAUCGCAUUAACCAAAAUUUGGAAGAACGCGUUAGAUUGUUGCAAACUCGAAUAGUGACUGCUGCUAAUCGCAAUAGUACAGUAUCGUUCAAGACUAAGGAAAAGAGGAGACAAACUUGGUGUGGCACUGGUGCAUUUAAUAAGGCAAAUGCAUCCAUGUUUCAAGCAAAUUUGUCACCAAUUAAAGAGAUGUCACCUAUGAAAUCAUAUAAAAGAAGAUCUAAUAUUAUGGAUACAUCAUUCCAAAUAGCCUUCACUGAUUUUGAAUUGGAGCUGAUAAACAAUGAAGCAAAUCGUGACGAAGAGAACGACGAAGAAAGUGAUGAGGAUAACUUUAUCACAUAUCGUAAACAGAAUCAUGUUACAUUUAUGGAUAAUAUAACUGUUCACAAAUCGCCUAUAAUCGACUACAAUGACGACAAUGCCAUAUUUGAGAAAGUUGAUGCAUCUGCUCAGACUAAAAGCGAUCAGUCUCCUGAUACACCAAAACAGACACUGCGGAACAGAAUUCGCGAUUUGUCAGAAGAAUAUUCACAGCUUCAAGAAUUUACAACUUUAGAGAAGCAAUUAUUUCUUGACGACCAUUUGGCUGAACUCCAGAAAAAUCUUGUCAAAAUGUCACAAUUGGAAAAGCAAUUAAAGCAACUGGAAAAUAUUGCGUCUGACAAAGACGCUUUUGAACAUAUAGCAACUGAUCUUCGUAAAAAAUUACUUAUAGCUGAACAACGUUAUACUUUGGCAGAAGAUCAAUUAAAUGCACAAAAAGCAGAGCUACAGAGAAUACCAGAUUUGGAGAAAAAAAUUAAGCAAUUGUCUGCACAAGAGAUAGAGAUGCGAAAUGUUCCAGUGCUAGAACUCCAGGUAGCCCUUCUUACAGCUGAAAAAGAAGGGUACGAACUUGUUUCAUCUGAAUUGCGAAAGAAGCUUAACGAAGUUGAACAACACAAUAUUUUAUUACAAGAAAAAUUAACACAUAAUGCAGUAGAAAAAUCUCUUAUGGAUUUCUCGAUUAGUGAGAAAAUUUCUUCCGAACAAGAUGAACUGCAAUGUAAAAUAACCGAUAUUCAAAAUAAGUUAACAGAAGCAGAGCUAAGCAAUAAUUCAAUGAAAGAUAAACUAGAGGAGCAACGGCAAAUGCUACAAAAUCUUCAAGAAGAAAAAAAUGUAUUUACUUCUGAAAUGCAAAAUAAACUGAAAGAAAUGGAAGAAAUUAAUAAUUCGCUGAAAGAUCAGCUAAAAGAGCAGCAGCUGGAGAAAGAUAAACUAGAGGAGCAACGGCAAAUGCUACAAAAUCUUCAAAAAGAAAAAAAUGUAUUCACUUCUGAAAUGCAAAAUAAACUGAAAGAAAUGGAAGAAAUCAAUAAUUCGCUGAAAGAGCAGCUAAAAGAGCAGCAGCUGGAGAAAGAUAAACUAGAGGAGCAACGGCACAUGUUACAAAAUCUUCAAGAAGAAAAAAAUGUAUUCACUUCUGAAAUGCAAAAUAAACUGAAAGAAAUGGAAGAAAUCAAUAAUUCGCUGAAAGAUCAGCUAAAAGAGCAGCAGCUGGAGAACCAAAAACUUCAAAAUCAAGAGAAGCAAAUUGCACAACUUAAAUCUGAAAAUCACGAAUUUAAACGUACUAUUGAUGAACUUCAAGAGCAGCUAACAGAAACAAAAGUAAUAAUGAACACAAAGGAAGAUGAACAUCAACAAGAGUUGCUUAAUACACUUCAAUAUCUAAAUGAUAUGAAGGAAAAAAUGGAAUUUGAACAAAUCAAUGAAUUAAGAGACCAAUUGAAAAAUGUAGAAGCGGUAAAUGAUUCAAUGAAAAAUAAAUUAUAUGAACAAGAUCUAUAUAUUCAAAAAACUUGCAAUUUAGAGAAUCAGGUUGAAAUUCUUGCGAUGGAGAAAAAUGAAUUCAAAGGUAUAAUUACUGAAAUGAACGAGAAAUUGAAAGAAAAAGAAGUAGAAAACGCUUCACUGAAAAAUAAAUUAAAUGAAUAUGAAACAAAUACAUACGAAACUGACAGUUCAGAGAUUGCAAAUAAAGUUCUUACACCUGAAAAUGAAUCUGAACAGGUUAUUUCCGAAUUGCAAGAAAAGUUAAAGGCAGCAGAAUUGAAUAACAAUUUAAUGAAGAACAGAAUAAAUGAACAGGAAUUGCAAUUGCAGAAAAAUCGUGAUAUGGAAAAAGAAAUUGAAUGCCUCACGUUGAAAACAAAGGAGUUCGAAUCUAUGGUUAACGAAUUGAGAGAGAAGUUGGUCACUCAACAUAAUACUUCAAGAGAUGAAUCGGAUGGAAAACAAUUACGAAAGAUUCAAAAAGAUGCACAAAUCGCAAGUUUGAUAUCUGAAAAAAAUGAACAGGAUUCUGUAAAAUUGCAUGAACAGUCAUUGAAGAGUCCCGAAAAGGAAUUUACAGACAAUCAGAACAAAGACGAAGUUAAUUAUCUGAAGAGUCGUAUAAAUGACUUGCAAAGUAUCAUUCGGGAUAUAGAGAAUGAAAAUACAUAUUUGAAAGAACAGACAGCGAAAUCGAUACCGAAUAACGAACAACACAAUUUGAGUAACGGCGACUCGUCGAAGAUUGUAGAUCAUGAUUUAUCGAUCACGAGGAUGUCUAUAGACGAGGAUAGUGCUAAGUUAUCUGCGGAUCUUGUUUUGAAAAAUCAGGAAUUGGACGAAAUAAAGCACGAUGUGCAAAGCUUGAAGGCGGAUAUAGAAAACUUGCAUCAAACUAUAUAUUUAUUGACAACCGAGAACAGCGAAUUGGCAAAUAAAUUAUUGGCUGAGAAAGAAUGCAAUGAGAAAGCAACUAUUCAGUCUCAACAGACUAUUGAUGAGCUUUACGCGCGAAACUCAAAGAUAAUGGAUGAAAAAUUAGAGCUGCAGAAUAAUUUAGUAAAUCUCAAUGAACAAUUGGAAACCCUUUGCUCGAGGAUGCCCGAGGUGAACUUAAACGAAGAACAGAUAAUUCACAAAUAUGAAGAACAGAUCAAUACAUUGACGGAAAGGAAUACAGAAUUGUUAUCCAAUAUCGCAGACAAAACGAAAGAACUCGAGAUGUUGACCGAAAGUAAGUCGCUUCUGUAUGAACACGACUGCAUGUAUAAAGAUAAAUCAACGGAUCUUAUGGAGAAAUAUAACUAUUUAAUAAGUGAACACGAUGAACUUUCCACUGAAUUGAUGGACAAAAUCGAAGAGAGUGAGGGGCUGAGACAAGAGUGUGAUAUUCUAAAAAGUAAAUUGGAACUGUCACUGCAGAAUAAAGAAAGCACCGCUAAUAAUGAUGUGGUACAAUUGAGAACGGAGAAUACUCUUUUGAAGACCGAGCUGGUGGAGCUGAAAGCUAACAUAAAAACUUUAACCGAAGAAAAUUCAAAAAUGUCUAGUCAAUUAAUAGAAACUAUAGAAGAUCUAGAUAAUGCACGGAAAAUCAAUUCUUGCAACGAUACUAUGCAUUUAUCAACAUUAUUUAAUAAUACCUUGAUGAAUGAUACAUUGAAUAAAUCUACAUUAGAUGAUAAUGCCGAGGCGAAAAUUUUAAAUCUGCAAGAGGAGGUUAAUCAUCUCACGCAUCUCAACAGAAAGCUCAGCGAUCUGAAAUUGAGUACCUGUACUCAGUGUAUACAUCUGAAUGAGUUAAAUGAAAACCGAAGAAUGCUGAAACUUCAAGUGAAGACUCUUAAUCGUAAAUUGGAGCAUUUGCAGAGGAAGUUUAAUAGCGAGUCCGCAAUAAGUGAUGCACUCAUUCUAAAAGCUAAAGAAGAUGUAAACCUAAGUGUGUGCAAUUUAUCUCUCAACGCCAGUUUUUCGGAGAAUAUGAAUAUCAGUUUUGUCGAGGAAAGACUUCAAUCUCUAAAUAAUGAAUUGCAAAUUUUGAAGGAGGAUCACAAUAAAUUGUCGGAUCUGUAUAAAGACAAAUGCAAUGAGGUCGAAGAACUGCAAAAUAACACCAUCACGGAUUUAACGUCGAACGACGACUUGAAUUCCAGCAUUAAGAAAUCCCCAAAUAGAACUUCAUUGAGAUUAGAAAAUAUCGUGAAAGUUAUGAACGAAUUACAAAGUGAUUUCAAAAACAUAAAGGGACAAAACGAAAGUAUCAAGUCAGAUCUUACAAAGUUCAUUAACGAGAAAGAAUUGCUGCUAGAAGAGAUUAAUACGUUGAAGAUCGCUAACGAACAGUUGCUGCAAAAGUUAACGGAAAGUGAACACUUGCAUGCUACUGCGUUGGAAAAAACUGAUAUUCUUGAAAAUGAGAUACAAGACAUGAUGAAAAAGCUACAGGAGUUUACUGUACAACGUAAAGAGAUCGAAAAUGCAAAGCUGCUCCUUGAAGUAGAAGUGGAAAGUCUGAAAGAAGACAAAGCAAUGAAGGAGCAAACAGCAAACGAAUUACGCCAAAGCCAUUCCUGUUUAGAACGUGAGUUAGAUAUAAUUAAGGAAGAAAAAGAAGUGCUUAACAACGAUAUUAUUCUUUUGGAGCAAGAAUAUAAGAAACAACUGGAAUCGUUAAAAGCAACGAAUGAAGAGUUGAACACCUCUAAAGCAGCUAUCUCGCAGGAAUUCGCAAAUUAUUCUAAAGAAUCGGAAAAUAGAUUGACAGAGCUUAAUGAAAAGAUAACUAAGUGCACUUCCGAAAACGAUUACCUAAAACAGGAAUUGAUCAAACUGCGCGACGUAGAAAGUAAACUUGAGAAGAUGAAAACUGAGUACCAGUCCAAGUCACAGCAAGACAAAACAUUAGCCGAGGAUAACAAGAAGCUCAAAAAUUUAUUGAACGAGGUCUCUAAAGAUAUCAUUAAGGAGAUAAAGUGUCUCAAGCCUAAAGUCGACACUCAGGAAUUCGUAGAUAAAUCUGUGGACGAGCUGUUUCAAGUAUUUUUACAAACUGUUUUGACAACGGAGAAAGAAGUAAUAAAGACUAUGCGAAACCAAUUCGAAAAGGAGAAACAAAAUCUCGAAGAUGAAAAGCGACAGAGCGUGGACGCGGAGAAACGUACGUCGUUAUGGGCGAAAGAACUGGAGUGCGAAAUAGAUAAACUUCAGAAGGACCUGAACGAGCGAGAAUCUGCAUCCAAGGAAUUGCAGAAAGAAAUAGAGCGCUUGAAGCAUCUUUUGGAUGAGAGUAAUCGCGAUAGAGAGGCAUUGGGAGAAAAGAACAGUCUGCUUGAGGCAGAUCUCAAUAACUUGCAAAUUGAAUAUAAUAAAUAUUCCAAGAUUGACACAGUGAACGAAGAGGCCAUUAUUACUGCGCAGAAACGAGAGAAACAGGCGCAAGAGAUGAUCAGGAAUAAAGAAACGGAAUUUCAGACGAAGUUGAAGUCGGAGAAGGAAGCGUAUAAUAAACGAAUCGAGGAUCUCGCAUGUACGAUAGAGUCCUUCAAGACGAAGAACAUGGAACUGACGAGUAACAUCGAGGGUCUCGAGGCUAAUCAGAAGCAAAUGAAAAACAUUAUCGACUUGAAAAGCAAUGAAUUAAUAAAGAACAGUCAAAUGAUUCAGAAAAAGCAGGCUGAAUUGGAGCAGCUCACGGAGGUUUGCAACGAUUUGAACAAGGAACUGGAAGAAAAAGAGCUAUGUAUAACGGAGAUCAGGGAGCUUUUGAAAACUAAAUGCGACGAGCUGACUGAAUAUAAAGCCAAUCUUGAGACUGUUGUGCCCGAGAACGAGCUCUUAAAGCAACAAGUCAGCGAACGAAAAGCCAGCAUAGAGCAGUACAAGGUAGAAAUAGAGUCCCUGAAAAUGGAAAAUAAGAAGGAGAUCGAUGCGCUUAAAGAUCAAUUGAAAUACGAGGAACUGAAGAGUAUCGAGUUGAAUAGACAAAUAGCUGAAUUAAAUACCAAGAACACAGUCUUGACAGAGGAGAUAAAUGCCUCAAGGGACAAUUACUCAGCGUUACAACAUAAGUGCACGAUGUUAGAAAAACGAGUCAGAAAUAGUACGAGCAAGGUCCUAGCGGAAGAACAAAUGGAAGAGCUGAAGGACUUGAACAGGUCUUUGCGAAAUAAUUUGGACGGUGCCAGUAAUAGGAUAACGGAAUUGCAAGCUACGAAAACCGAUCUGAUGAAGCAGUUGGUCACUUUAAGUAGUCAAUAUGACACGGCGUGCAAAGACAAUGAGGAAUUAAGGGAAACGCUGUCAUCGUACAAGUCCAGACAUAACGACACGUAUACUGCCUGUGAGAAGUAUGACAACUUGCUGCAAGAGAAAAAUAAAGUUGCAUUAGAGCUCGAAGCGACGAAAGUACAAUUAAAUCAAAAGAACAAGGAUAUAGAGAAUUAUAUCAGCGAGAUAAAGGCAUUGACGGAAAAGAACAAGGAACUGGAUCAAGAAUCGGAAGAGUUGGCAGAAGUUAUUCGCGAACACGAUAAUGAAAACGCGAGGCUUCAAGAUAAGUAUUACACGUGUCUGAACGAAGCUGAUGAGCUACGAGACAAGAUCAAAGCUCUCGAGCAGAAGAUACAGAAAACGAACGUGUCGGCCUCCGACAGGCCUCACGGCGAUGAGUGCAGUUGCGGUACGUUGAAAAACAAGAUACGGGAGUUGCAACUGGAGGUGGUGUCGAAGAAUGGAAAGAUUGCGACGUUGGAGCUGCAAAUACGUAGCGGAAGUUUCCCUUAUCAGACAAAGUGCAAAGAAUUACAGGAACACCUAUCGGCGUAUAGUAACAAGAAUAGCGAGUUGAAAGCGGAAAUUAAACGACUGCAGAUGGCCAUGUUGCGCACAAGCGCAAAAGAAUGUGAUGUAUGCAAACAGAGACUUGUAAAUAGAAGGCAUCAAGCGUGCCAGACGAUGCCGACCAACUUAUUGCGAUUUUGUAGCACGAGCAGCGGCAUAAUCGAUGACGAUAUCAGAAUAACGAAACUGGAGAAAGAAAAACAGAUCAUGAAGGAGGUGUGUCGAUCUCGAAGCAAGACUAUAAAGGAACUCGAGAAGAAAAUAGAGCAGUUCGAAAAGUUGUUGCAUUCCAAAAAUUCAUGAUCUGCGAAAACAUUUCGUCACGUUGCUACAUACUGACCAAACUUUAUCGAUUACUAUAUGUAUAUACUAAAAUAGCCUUAUGUACCUAAUUUAUGGCCUUCUAUCAUAUGGCAUUUGAAUAGACAAUAAUUAUUUUAAAAGUUCAUAUAACGUAUAGAGCAUAUAAGAUGUAAAUAUCACGUUUUUACUGUUUUACGAUAAAGUGUAAUUUCGUAUUUUUAUAACAUAAAGAUGCAAACUUAUUUUAUACAUCGACUACAAAUACAUCGAUAACAAUAUAUAUUGAAAUAUUUUUUUGUCAAUUUUACUAGUUCUUUAAGAUAAUAUAACUCCUGUGAUAUGUGAGGUUUAAACUUAAUUAGGAUAUAGGGUGUAUAUAUAAAAGUAUUAUAUAAUCAAAAUAAAUUUGUAUAGUUAUAAAAAUUAAACGUUAGUUGCUAUGCGCAUUAUGCCUUCUAAUUUACAUAUUUUAUAUAAUUUUUAAACAAUACUAAUGUAGUAUUAUCGUUUAUAAUCAUUAUGUAAUAUUCUUUUUAAAAUAAAAUUACAAGUAAUCUAUGUAAAAAUCUAUAAUCUC